GAUCCUCAGACAGGUCCUGUGGCUCCUAAGAGGUGGAACCAGAGUCCGACACGGGCAGUAGGUUCCAGAGUUUGUUCUCCUGACCCUGCCCCGAGCUGCCUGGUGGCUGUACAGCAUCUGUCUCCGAGCAGCUGCUCAGGACAUUUUAACGGGCUCAAGAACGGAGCAUUUUGAAAGAUUAUCAGAAUACUUCCCUUGAGAGACCAGAGGCUGGUGAGGGAGGCACCAGCAGAGGCUAAGAUUCUCCCCCAGCCUUUGAGAUGAUGGGACUGGGAAACGGGCGCCGGAGCAUGAAGUCGCCGCCCCUCGUGCUGGCCGCCCUGGUGGCCUGCAUCAUUGUCCUGGGCUUCAACUACUGGAUCGCCAGCUCCCGGAGCGUGGAUCUCCAGACCCGGAUCCUGGAGCUGGAGGGCAGGGUCCGCAGGGCGGCGGCGGAGAGAGGCGCGGUGGAGCUGAAGAAGAACGAGUUCCAGGGAGAGCUGGAAAAGCAGCGGGAGCAGCUCGACCGCAUCCAGUCCAGCCACGACUCGCAGCUGGAGAGCGUCAACAAGAUCUACCAGGACGAAAAGGCAAGACCUGCUCUGCUCCCCCCGCCUCCUCUUAAUUCUUGUUCUAUAGAAGUCAGCCUGGUCUGGUUUAUCAUUCAGGUCAUCCUUGUCCUUGUUGAUCAGACCAUUAGAAACCUACUUGUUAAUCCAUUACGGAAAAGCCCUGGCUGUUGUGUGAUUCUGUUUCAGCUCCGAGCCCCCAGUGAGCCUCAGCCCAGGCCACAGGAAGUGGACCUGCCCCAGGCAGAGGUGCCUCAAGUGAAAGGAAACAUGCCCAGCAAUGGUGAUCCCCAGACACCAGUCCCCAGUUCUGAGGCGGCUUUGGAUUUGAAGGGACAAGGUGGGAAAAAGGAAAGCAACGAGAUUCAGGUCGCCAGUGAGGAGCUUCCAAGGGACAGCCUGGGGCUGCCCCGGCAGCCAGGCCAAGAGCAGGCUGUGGAGGAAGGCCGACCAGUGGGUGGAAGAGGCAUUGGAGAAGCUGAAGCAGUUGGCCGAACACCACAGGUGCCAGGAGUGAUGCCGGCGAGCCAAGAAAAUCAGGACACGGAGGACCUGGAGCGGGACCAGCUUGUCAUCCCCGGUGGGCAGGAGGAAGAGCAGGAUGCUGAUGAGGAAGGGAGACACCAGCAAAAGCUAGCAGGAGAGGAGGACUACAACAUGGAUGAAAAUGAGGCAGAAUCGGAAACAGAUAAGCAGGCAGCCCUCGCAGGGAACGACAGAAACCUGAACGUUCUUAAUGCUGGAAAUCAGAAAGGAGAUGUAAAUUUACUUGAUCAGCGUGAAAAGAGGAAUCACACAGUCUGAAUCAACUGGAAUCAUAUACUUCAUGUCAGGAUUGAACAGAGAUCACUACAAAAUAUGAGGGGUUGAAUACUGUGAAAUGUACUAAAAUAUACAUCUAAAGAUGAUUAUUGUGGAGUUUUAAUAUGUACUUCAUGUAGGAAAAUGACUGUGUUGUAGAUGGUUUUUUCGAAGUAUUUUUACUAAGGUGUCAGAAUUUGUCAGCUAAUAGGUAUGAGAAGAUCAGCGCCAAAAACAGAACCCAAGUUCUCCAAGUAUGGUGACAGUGGCACUUAAAAAAUUCUGGAAUGUAACUUUGUUUAAAAAAAAUCAAAGCCUGUAGAAGAGUCUGUCUUCUGACACCAAGAGACCCACCGCACCUGAGAAUUCUUCUCUGGUCCCUCUGGUGUCCCGCUUCACACGCUGUGCUGAGUGGCCGGUACCAGCCCGGUAUUUGUUCUCACAGGUCAGUGCCGAACGAUUCCUGGCUUAUACUCUCAUGUGCUCACUUCUGGUUCCGACAGUCAGUGGCCUGGAGUACAAAACUGUUAACACAAACAUCACUAGCGACAGUUUUAAACAAGUCUACAUACAAAGACAUUUUAUGUGAGAAUUUUUAAAAAAAACUUCUAUAACCUUUGUCAUUAAUGUACAAAAAUGCUUCUCAGUGACUUGUAAUUUGAAUAUUUGUGAUCUCUUAGUUUGCUUAGUAUGUGUGGGCAAAGCAAAAUCUUCUCUACUAAGUCCCUAUUACCAAGAGCCAUGGCUGGAUUCGACUUUUGACACAACAGGGGCCAAACCAGAGCUGACCCUGGGGCCUGUAGCAGAGCACGGGGCGGGGAGAGGGGGCAGCACAGCACUGCGGGGGCACGUUUGCUGUGGACUGUCCACUGCACCAUUACAGGAAAAGGAGAGGAAGUUGAUGUUAAGAGUAUAUACAGUGUGACACGGGGAAAGUUUAGAAAGGCAAGAGAAAUUAACAGUUGUUUUUGCCAUAGUCUAUACGUUUGGCUUGUGGUAAAUUGACUAUCAAAAGUGAUUUAAAAAUCAAUGUUAAUUUGAAAAGGACUAAUCAUAAUUCACACUGAGUUGCUUCUCCGUAUUUCCAGUAAAUAGGCUCUUUCCAUUUACUAAUGACUGGCAGAGUCACACUAAUGACUCUCAGGUCUUAAGGGUGAGUGGGCAGUGAUACUUAUUAAAUACAAGUCAGAGGAUUUGAGAUGCAGGAGCCUCAGAUCACCUGCUAUAACCCCUCAACUUCAGACAGGAACGGGUCCAGAGAAGUUAAAGAACUACACAGGCCAGACAGCUGGUGAGCUGGAUGUCUGGCCCCUCACCUGGUCUGGACUCAUGGUGCCCCUGGCUGGCACUGAAGUCAGGACCUGGUUUGCAUUCAGGUUAAGAUCUCCAAUGUGAAUGUUACUCAUGUAGGUACCUUUUUACUUAAUUACGAAGAUUAAACUUUUCUACCCGGAAAAGGCAACUAACGAAGAGUGUUAAAAAUAGCUUUGUAAGGUUUUAUCUAAGCCCUUGUCCAACUUCUCUUUGUGUCUUAGGAUAAUCUCUCUUGCCUUUUCAAUAAAACAUCUGUUCAUUCCAUGUUUAAUCAGUGUGCAUAGAGUUCUAAGAAACAAGACUGUUAGUUCAGCUGCUUUGUUUUCCUUUACUGCCCUAUUGGAUUCCUGAAGAAUCAGCUUGCAAAUUAUAGAUUAAGAAUGGUGGUUUGCCUUAAACCUUUUGUGGACUGAGAUGGGAUGUCAAUAUAAAUAAAAAAUAACCACGCUGUUUCCAUCUUCAUGUACAGAGGCACCAAAGGCCAUUUGUUCAGGAGGUGUGUACUGUGAGUAAUCUCUCCAGACAGUCAUUUCUUACCACCGGCUUACCUUGACAUCACAUAGGCAACCUAUUCUGAGGCAACAAUUUAUAGAGGGGUCAUGGCUGUUUUUUUUUUUU